GUCUGCCAAACACCCCCGUAAUCUGUCUAAGCAACCAAACACGGCCCAAUAUCGCAGCAUAUAGGAAAUAGGAAAGCGUCUUGGAUAGCUCCAAAACAAAUCCUCCGUCAGUUCCAUUACUUCCAAUCGCUGAAACAGUCGAUCAAUCUGCUCCGAUAUUCCAUCGCUGCCAAAUAUGUCAGGCAAGUACAUAAUAGGCUCUCUAUUGGGAACUUGUGUUGUUGCAUAUGUGGCCGACCAUUUUAUUGCCGACAAGAAGAUAUUUGGAGGCACUACUCCUGGGACUGUUUCUAACAAAGAAUGGUGGGAAGCGACUGAUAAGAAGUUCCAGGCAUGGCCUCGGACUGCAGGUCCCCCGGUGGUGAUGAACCCCAUCAGUCGUCAGAAUUUCAUCGUCAAGUCCAGCGUUGAUUCUUGAAGCUCCACUACUACCUGUGAUCCUUCACCAGGUUUCCCUUAUUGGCAUGCUAUUCUUCCUUGAGAGGAAUUUCUCAAGGUCCAAACAAUUAUAGCUUUUUAGAUCGGUGCUACUCUUAAAUUGGUUUGUUAUGGCCUUUGUGCUCUUUCAUUUUCCUACUGGUUUGGGGAUAGGUUUUUCUUGACAUACUGCAAAUUUUAUCUGAAUAAAUGGAAUGGUGGUGAGGUGAUCAAACCAUGCUGCUUUGUUGUUCGUAUGCA